AUAAAUUAUAAACAAAAACAUUAUCUAGGUGAAAAAAUCCUGAGUAAUUAGUUUUUUACUUCCUCGAUUACAUGAAGUAAUUUUCACUUCCUCGAGUGCUUUGUGGCGUAGAAAUCAAAAUUUAUUCGUAGAUUGUCGUAAUGUUAUAAUACGUUUGGUUAUACGUCUCCAUAUCAGACCAGUGAAGUGAAUUCUUUGUCUCAAAAUAUGGAUCCCAACGAUAGAAGAAAAAACGAAGAUAUUCCCGAGAACAAUAGGAAAAAGGAUGAAGAUAUUCCCGAGAGAAUCAGACAGCUCAGUGAAAGCGCCGAAGAGCAACCUGGCAAAAGACAAAGAACCAUAAGUGAAGGAACGAGUGAACCUUUUUCUCCCAUUCCUGGUAUCGCUGGAGCUUCUCCACCUCGUUUUGUUCUUCUCGAAGAAGUAAUGGGCGCUACGAGGGGUAUCACCAAUAUGGCUAUAGCUCAUGAAAUAGCGACGAACAGCGAAUUCAAGUUGGAAAAAUUACAAUUUCCUCAAAAUAGCUUGGAAAAAAAAGUGAAAGAUGUUGUUCAUCAAGCUUUUUGGGAUCUGUUGGCGGAAAAUUUGAAACAAACUCCUCCUAAUUUCGAUCAAGCUCUUUCUUUACUAACGGAUAUUAAAAUAUCGCUCAUGAAUUUACUAUUACCAAGGCAUACGAAAUUGAAACAAAGAAUUGACGAAUUCUUAGACACCGAACUGAUUAAACAACAAACCGAACAUGGAACUUUGAACUUUAAAUCGUACGCGGAUUUCGUUAUUUCUGUAAUGGGACAAAUCUGCGCUCCAGUUCGUGAUGACCAUAUUAAAAAAUUGGCCACAAUGACCGACGUUGUGCAAAUAUUUCGAGGUAUAAUGGAAACGCUAGAACUGAUGACUCUAGAUAUGGCUAAUUUUUCAAUCGGUGUUAUAAAAUCUGAUAUUAUUGCUUGUAGCAUAGAAUUCGAGAAAAAGCAAUUUAAGCACAUGUUAGAAACAAGUCCAGAUAGUUUUAAGGCGACUUGCGAAUGGUUGAAACGUAGCAUAAAUCCGGAUAAGCCUAACGAAAGCAAGAACGAUAUAUUGAAUAGCGCGUUUAUCGAACUCCUCAAACCUUCCAGUUAUCCGUUUCCUGAAACUUUAUUGUCAGAUGAAAGUAAAUUCAAAGAUUUACAAAAAGAGUGCACUCGUUUAAACGUCAUCGCUACGGUUAUUCUGGUGACACUAUCUAAUGUCGGUUCUGCUCUGAGUGAUAUAACUGAAUUUAGAAAUCAGAUCAAAGAGCACAUUUGCUUAUUGUUGCCGGAAAUGGUCAGCGAAUCAAACAGCGACAUUCAGUCGGCAUUGACUAGCGUUGGAGAUCAGGUCGUUAAAGAAGGUAACGAUAUUCCGAUGGAAAAAGCGCCACUGUUGACGACCCAAGUAAGCGGAGGUUCGCAACUAGACCACAUGAGUCGAUUACAAUCAGCAUUACCUAAUGUUGGAGAGCAAGUCGUCAAAGAUGGUAACGAUUUUCUCACCAGGCACGGAUUCAACCCGCUGAGCGAUGAAAAAGUGCAAUUGUUGAUGACGCAAGUUAGCGAGGUUUCGCAACCCGAUCACAGAAUUCGUUUCAUCGUUGAAAAAAGAUUAUACGAGUUUCUGAGGGAUGCGAUCAACACAGAAAGACCAGCUAGAUUACAAAUACCUCCCGGCCUAACAUCUAUUCAAUCCGAAUUAAUCGCAGUUGCCAGAAAACUCAUGCUAAUAAUCUCACACAACAGAAAAGUGUACGGCGAAUACUACUUGAAUAAAUUGACAGAAUUAACCCAACAAAAUAACUAGACCCGGUUGUCUAAAAAAUUUCAACUAACCAAAGAACUCGAACAAUCAUCGAUCAUCUUUAACAGAAUUCCAAAGUUUGACAGAUUACAAAAAAUUCUAACAAAGUCACAACUUUUUUAAUUAAAAAAACAAAAAAAAAAUAUUACUAAAAAAAUUAUUGUUAAAAAUUUAUCUAAUAAAUAUAGCACGUGAUGUUAUGUUA